GUCGCUGUCGCUGCUGUGCCUCUUUUGAGAACCUCUUUCCCACUCAGUCCACAUCGCUCAACGGCACUUGAGACAUGGCGACUUCCCUCGCUGCGCAACUUGCGCAGAUUGCCGCCAAGUCUCGGAGCUCGCUGAAUGUCAAGGCGCAAAAGGCGGCACACACCAAGUCCUUGAUUUUCGAGCCGCGCAUCGCCGCCGGCCAGAGCUACCAGACAAUCUACACCGCGUGUAGAGACGGUUUCGAAGAGCUUUGCCAGCUCGAUGCCCGCUUCACCCCAUUUGCGAAUACACUUUUCAGUGAGCAAAGUCAGGAUGAGGACCGUUCACAGAUGACCCAGGCGGAAAACCAUGAGCUUGAUCGGCGUGUCGAGUCCUUCUUGCGCCUGGUGGGCAGUCGCUUGAGACUGAUGCCGGCGAUCAAGGCCAUUGAGUGGCUUAUUCGACGCUUCAGGAUCCACGAAUUCAACACUUCAGCCCUCCUCGCCACCUUUUUACCAUAUCACUCGAUUCCCGCAUUCGUCACUCUCCUCUCAAUCCUGCCUGCCGAACUUCCACAGCAAUACAAGUUCCUAGCACCCUACGUUCGAUCUUUGACAGCACCGCCCCGAGCGGCCAUAGUCUACCAGGCCACCCACCACCGCGAAUUCUUGACGGCAAUCACCGAAUAUACACUCGAUGCCUGCAGGAACAAGCAGCAAUAUCCGGCCCUUGUUUCAUUUUGGGCUGGUGUCAUGACUGAGGCCAUCAAUGGCAGGAUAGACAUGAACCGAUCCGGCAGGCAGGGAGUGCAGCUGGACAAUGAUUUGGCACUCAUAGCUCUUGUUUCAAAACCGUUGGGCGACGCGAUGACCAUGAAGGAUGUUCCCGAUAUCCAGAUCGCUGCCUACAUGGUAGUUUCUCUACUUGCCGCCAAGGCCAACUUUGAUGACAAGCUGCUAUCAGUGUUCAUGGAGCAGCUCGUCAUUGGCUGGACGGCCGAGACCGUCAGGCCUGGACUUGUGUGCCUGUCAAUUCUCGCUCAGUACCGGGCCCCGAAGCAGCUCUCUUCCAGAGUCGCAAAGGCCCUGCUUAAAAUGGAAGAUUUGCCUCAAAGGCUCAUCGAAGCGUCCAAGCAAUGCCGAGUCGACAAGCUAGCCUACGCAUUGGUCUUGGCGCUGGCUGACAGAUUAGCCAAGAAAGGCGAUGCUCGUGGUCUGCCCAUCAUCAAGUCUCUUUUACUCUCGGGACUUUUGCAAGAGAAGCUGGGCAAGGUUGCUUUCAAAUCGCUGCUCCGAGCCGCGCUCAAAAUGACAGACGAGGUGGACCAGGACGGAUCAGCACGAAAGCAGCUUGGGUCAACUCUUGUGCUCCUGUCGCAAAGUGCAGGAGCAACUGGCGUUAUGGUGCGGCAGGUUAUAGAGGACGAAGAUUAUGACAUUGAAGGAUUAGAGCUUCGUCUGGACACUUCGUUUGGACCCCGCAGACUUUUGGAAGACAAGCCUGCUGAGGACGAUGCGAAGGACUUGGAAGUUCGUCAGCAGCCAAAGGAAACACUCGAGGCGGCUAUUGAACGCCUAGAUGUGCCCCCACGCUCUGUCAAAUCUUUCUUGUCGCAGAAGUCCGAUCAGUUGUUUGACGAUAUGUGCAAGGUGCUCCUCUCUGUCGCAACCGAUCCGGAUGAUCUUCUCAAAUUUGAUGAGGCACCAUUCCUUUGCCGACAGACUGCGCAUGACGACAGCUACUAUUUCAGCUUCUACAUGCGGGUUUGGUGUGGUCCUUACCCAACCCUAAUUCGCUCCGCGGCUCUAGAGAUGGCCAAAAGACGGCUGAAGCAGGUGGACUGCGCCGCCCUGGACUUACAAGCAAUGAUACCCUACUGUGUAGCUGCGCUUAGCGACCCGGCCAAGAAAGUUAGGCGAUCAGCCGCUGACUUGAUCAUCGUUCUGGGCAAGCCGAAUGCAGAAGGCGCCGAGGGAGCAAAACGACCUAUUUGGGCCUCGAAGCAGCUGUAUGAGCAGUCGGAUGAGCAAACGUGGAUGAACCCUGCAGCCUCUCACGCUCUGUUGCACGAAAUUAUAAUACCUGCUCUAGAGGAAUCAGUACUUGAUGAGGAGCACAUCUCGAAUGUCCUACGCUCCCAUUUGCAAAGCAACAAGGACUCGACUACAGGAUCUCAGCUUUCCUCGGCGGUUCGGCUCUCAAUUUUCAGCUGCAUAACAAGCCAUAUCGUCCACACUCCACUGCUAGCUGUGAAAGCACGUCUUCUCAAGCCUAUUAAUCAAGUCGACAGCGUGUCCAAGGCUACGAGGACCAGCCUUUUAUUGCCACUCUUGCGAUGGUGGGCUAGUUUGUCUUCUACCGAGGCCACUCAGCUUUGCGAUCGUGAAAGAAUCGACGAAUCCAAGUUUAACCAAUCCUGCGUCAAUGUCGUUGUCGCCAAUGACAAGCCUGGUCUGGAAAUGCUAUUCGAUAUUAUCACCAAUUCCUCUGCCUGGACCCGUGAGGGCCUUGUCGAAGCUACUUUUUCCCGCACAAAGAAGAUUUGGAGCACAAUCAAGAGCGAUUCGAAACUAAAGUUGGCGCUGAGCAUGCUGGACCUCGCCCAAACUCCUGCAUCGAGUGGCUCUUCGGCAGAGUUUGUCUCUGAGGAGGCUGCCGACUUCCUGAGGAACGUGGAUCUCACAACCAACAUUCUCAAUGCCUUCCUCGAGUCUCUUCAAGACAUUCCAAAGAUCACAACUGACUCGCCUGCAACCAAGCGGAGGCGUACAAGCAGCUCUGACCAAAGUCGUGGGGUUUCCUUGCAAGCCACCAACGCAGUGAAGGCGGCGCUGAACAAGGUGACAUUCGUACUUCAACUUGUCGAGGGAUCCAAGCCAGCUGAGCACCCUGAGCUGCUCCAGAGUCUUUUUGUGACAUUGGCGGACCUCCAAGUACUGCGCUCCCAGGUUGGGUCCGAGCUUGGUUAUCUUCAAAACCUAGUGCUGAGCAGCCUUUUGGCCAUGAUGCCAACUUACAAGAACAACAAGUCUCUGAAGAUCGAUACUUCUGUGGGCCAUGGCGAUGUACUUGUUCAGUGUAUCCAGAAGUCAUCGAGCCCUGCGGUCCAGAACUCGGCUCUACUGCUCGUCGCCAGCCUUGCCAACACAGCACCUGAUGUUGUGCUUCACAGCGUGAUGCCGAUCUUCACCUUCAUGGGCGGCUCCGUUCUUCGGCAAAGCGAUGACUACUCUGCACACGUUGUGGUGCAGACAAUCAAGGAAGUCAUCCCGCCCCUCGUUGAGACCUUCCGUAAGAGCCGAAGGAACCUUGUUACAAGCGCUGCGGAGCUUCUGUCAAGUUUCGUCAUCGCCUACGAGCACAUCCCGUCGCACAGGAAGCGUGACAUGUUCAUAUCCCUGAUCGAGAAUCUGGGUCCAAAGGACUUCCUCGCUGCCCUGGUGGCCAUGUUCGUCGACAAGUACGGAACUACGGAUAGUAUGGUUGCCUUCUGUAAGGACUUGAUGAACUCCUUUGGCGUGGAGGUUCAGCUGCAAUCGCUCGUCAUGCUCUUGGACCUAGUCAGCGACUGUCUGCAGCCCAAACCUACUUUGGCGGCUACUCUAUUCAACAGAAACACGGACGACGACCAGGACCUUCACAAGACUGCGCUUAAGGAGCUCACGCUGCUGCCCAAGGUCCUGUCUAGUCGACAGCUGCGCACCGAGGUUAGCCAGCUUGCGGGGCGAGACGAUAUGGAGGCUUCCAAGUUCAGGGAGCUCUACGCAUCCCUCCUGGAGAAGAUACUCACACUGGCAGAGACUGUCAAGACCAACAAAGCUCUGCAUGCACGGUGCAGCGAUACCCUUGCCGGACUCCUCAAUCUGCUCUCGAUCGGCGAGUUCAUCAAGGCCGUCGAGAACUUGCUUGACCGCCCAAGCAUCAGCCUCCGACAAAAGGUGCUUCGUACCCUCGAGGUUCGCGUGGAUCAGGAAAGCAAUACGGAUGCAGACUCGCGGACGGUCCUGCUUGCCUUCCUGCCGCAGCUCACGGCAGUCAUACGUGACUCCGAUGAUAUUGCGUACAAGCACACUGCUGUGGCGUGUGUCGACAAGAUUGCCGAGAAGUACGGCAAGAAAGAUCUCGAGGCGGUUGCUGCCGCGGCCACGACUAUUGCUGGGGAUUGCUGCCUGGGCCAGCCUGAUAAGCGUCUUCGUGUCAUGGCUCUUCUUUGCCUUGCAUCUUUGGUGGAUGUGCUCCAAGAUGGCAUCGUGCCAACCCUUCCCGUCUCACUUCCCAAGGCACUCGCUUAUCUUUCUGAAAGCCUCCAGGGCGAGAAGGAGCCUGCACUUCAUAACGCUGUCUAUUCGUUCUUUGAGUCCCUGGCUGUGCAUGUUCCAUACAUGCUGACCAAGACGUACAUUGGCCAGCUGUUGGAGAUUUCCAACGUUUCGGCCGAAGCCAGCCUCGGCGACGAGAGCUCACAGACCAGAUUAAGUUGCUUGCAACUCCUGGCGAACCAGGUUGACGCGAACACUAUGCUGUCAGCCCUGGAGCAAAACUGGGCUCAGACCGUCAACGCCGGCUUCUCUGCCGUGGAGGAGUACUUGAAACUUCUGGCAACCGUACUAGAAAAACACCCCAGCGCCAUCAUUUCAAAGCACAUCUCGAUACUUUCAACCAUAUUCCUCAGUGCUCUCGACCUCCGGCGGAGCGUGCAGUCCAAAGACACAGUCAGCAUUGCCGCCAUGGCUAAGCUGACCGAGAUCGAGGCAUUGAUCAAUGAUGUUGCCCUGAAGAUGAUCUACAAGCUGAACGAUAGCAAGUUCCGCACUGUAUUCACUCAACUGAUGGAAUGGGUGACUACUGGUUUACCCAAGGACGAUAAGCUCGGCAGGGUCCUACGCCACCAAAGCGUCUACAGUUUCCUCUUGGCCUUCUUUGACAACCUCAAGGAUGUUGUGGCAGGCUACGCGUCAUACAUUAUCGACGACGCCACGACCAUCCUCAAGGCAUCAGAUCCGUCAAAAAUGGAGGACCGGGAGCUGUGGCAAUUGGUACUGAAAACGCUGGCCAAGUGUUUCGAGCACGACAGCGGUGGCUUCUGGCAGGUUCCAGCCCACUUCGAGGCCGUCUCGGGUCUCUUGGUGGAGCAGCUCGAGCACGCCGCCGCACUGGGCGAACUUCCCGGUGGCGACCUGGUGCAAAAGGCUGUCGUGGGUUUGGCCGAGGCGGCGGCCUCACGAGACCACCGCAAGGAGCUCAACACGGCAGUGCUCAAGCGCCUUCGCUCGCCCUCUGCCUAUGUUAGGCUUGCGGCUGUCCGCUGCGAGCAGUCGCUGACGGACACCCUCGGUGAGGAUUGGCUUGAGAUGCUUUCCGAGAUGCUGCCAUACAUUAGCGAGCUUCAGGAUGACGACGACGAGGACGUCGAGAAGGAGACGCAUCGCUGGAUCACAAAGAUUGAGGCUAUCCUGGGAGAGAGCUUAGAUGCUAUGCUGCAGUAAAUAUGAUGCAAAUUUGUAAAGAAGGAGAAAAGAAAAAGGAAGGCAGUGAGGCUGGUUUUGUUUUGGUUUGCAUCAAGGCAAGGCUAUCUAUCUAUCUAUUUUGUUACCAUUCACCGUAUUCUUGGUGGGACAAGGCUCGGUUCUCUCAAUGUAAUUCGAUUUUCUCGUGUCAAAGUUGAAUCCAAGUAAUUGAUUGACACAAUCAAUACACAUGACUCAUGUCCAU